CGUCACACCAGCUGCGCUGCCUUGAAAGCCUUCCCCUCUUUCUUAACAGCGCUGAUUCUUCAUUUUUGAUUUGCAAGUUUGCACAAUCUAAUUCCUCUUCAAAUUCAAGAAACCUUUUCCCAAAAAAAACAAUCAUCUCAGUCAAUAUGUCUCGUAAAGUCCUAACCUACGGUGGUCUUACUGCUCUUGGUGGAGCGACUUACUAUCUCUACAACGCUGGAGGCGACCCAAAGCUUGCUGAGAAGAAAGUAGAACACGAUGCGGCGACUGCUGCGCGCAGACUGAGAGGUGACUACCCUGGCCAGGACAAAGAAGCGAAGAAGGCAGCCGAGGAGGGUUACGAGGCAGUACGCGCCAGCGCACAGCAAUACGCCGACCAAGCCAAAGGGGAGGCGAACAGACUAGAGAAGAAGUUCGAUGCUUACAGCGCCGAUGCGAAAAAGCAGUACGAGCAUGCAAAGGCGCUUGCUGAACAAGAGCUACACCAAGCCGGCAAGCAGGUUAACGCAGCAGCGAACAAGUUUGAUGCCGUCGUCGAGGACAAGGCGGCAAAGGCAACGGGCUGGUUCGGCGGCUGGUUUGGUGGUAGCAAGUAAAGCAUGAGGCAUGAGCGUGCUGUUGGUGUGGUGAUGGUAAGACCAGAAGAGAGCAGAAGCAUCCUUCUGGCACUUUGCAUGAGCAUUGGAGUAUAUGGGCGUCAGUUCCUUCAUCUCAGUAGCAUAAUGUAAUACUCAUACAUAUACCACUGUUGGUUCUCCUGUCAUGUAGUGGUUCGCGUGUGUACGAGAGACCGGCUGCAUGGCGUUUGCGUGCAAGUGCGGGAAGAAGAAGAAGAAGAAGAACAUGAUAUCAUUCGAUAGCAGAG